CGCAUGCGCCUUUCUGUCAAAGCUGAGCCCAGUCAGGGUUGUCAUGUUGGCAGGAAGUGGCGCCCGGGCAGGAAGUAGAAUUCUUCAGGGCUGCAGGCAGAGCCAGGUGCUGCCUCCUCCUCCUCCUCCUCUUGUUCUCUGUUUGGGCCCUUUCCCCUUCCCUCCCUCCUGGUGAGUUGUCUGCCUCCUCCUCCACCACCCCUCCUCUGCCAAGGGACAAGAUGCUGAAGAAAUUCGACAAAAAGGAUGAGGAAUCCGGUGGGGGUUCCAACCCAUUCCAACACUUGGAAAAAAGUGCAGUACUUCAGGAAGCUCGGGUGUUCAACGAGACUCCUAUAAAUCCUCGAAAAUGUGCUCAUAUCCUCACCAAGAUUUUAUAUCUCAUAAACCAGGGGGAGCAUCUUGGUGUGAUGGAAGCCACUGAAUCCUUCUUUGCAAUGACAAAGCUGUUCCAGUCCAAUGAUCCAACCCUCCGCAGAAUGUGUUACCUCACCAUCAAAGAGAUGUCCAACCUCUCUGAGGAUGUCAUCAUUGUGACUAGCAGUUUAACCAAAGAUAUGACUGGAAAGGAUGACAAUUACAGAGGUCCUGCUGUGCGAGCACUUUGUCAGAUAACAGACACUACAAUGCUGCAGGCCAUUGAGCGCUACAUGAAGCAGGCAAUUGUUGACAAAGUGUCCAGUGUAUCCAGUUCGGCCCUCGUGUCAUCUUUGCACCUUCUGAAGACCAGUUUUGAUGUGGUGAAACGUUGGGUGAAUGAAGCCCAGGAAGCAGCUUCAAGUGACAAUAUCAUGGUCCAGUAUCAUGCUCUCGGUUUGCUGUAUCACAUACGCAAAAAUGACCGCUUGGCUGUCAACAAAAUGCUGAACAAGUUCAUGCGUCAUGGCUUGAAGUCACCUUUUGCCUACUGCAUGAUGAUCCGGGUGGCCAGCAAACUCCUAGAAGAAGAGGCAGGAGGCCGUGACAGUCCCUUGUUUGACUUCAUUGAGAGCUGCUUAAGGAACAAGCAUGAGAUGGUGGUCUAUGAAGCUGCAUCUGCCAUUGUUAACUUGCCUGGCUGCACAGCCAAAGAACUUGCUCCUGCUGUGUCUGUGUUGCAAUUGUUCUGCAGUUCACCCAAAGCCGCCCUUCGUUAUGCAGCUGUUCGAACUCUCAACAAGGUUGCUAUGAAGCACCCGUCUGCUGUGACUGCCUGUAACCUUGACUUGGAGAACCUAGUGACAGAUUCCAAUCGCAGCAUCGCCACCCUAGCCAUCACAACUCUCUUGAAAACUGGCAGUGAGAGCAGCAUCGACCGUCUCAUGAAGCAGAUCUCCACCUUCAUGUCUGAAAUCUCAGAUGAAUUCAAGGUCGUGGUGGUCCAGGCUAUCAAUGCCCUCUGCCAAAAGUAUCCCCGCAAGCAUGCAGUCCUCAUGAAUUUCCUCUUCACCAUGCUCCGGGAGGAGGGAGGCUUUGAGUACAAGAGAGCCAUUGUGGAAUGUAUCAUCAGCAUCAUUGAGGAGAACUCUGAGAGCAAAGAAACCGGCCUCUCCCACCUGUGCGAGUUCAUUGAGGACUGCGAGUUCACUGUCCUGGCCACCCGCAUUCUCCACUUGCUGGGCCAAGAAGGACCCAAGACAAACAACCCUUCAAAAUACAUCCGUUUCAUUUACAACAGGGUUGUUUUGGAACAUGAAGAAGUUCGAGCAGGUGCUGUGAGUGCCCUUGCCAAGUUUGGAGCUCAGAAUGAAGAGAUGCUACCCAGCAUCCUUGUGUUGCUGCGGAGGUGUGUGAUGGAUGAUGACAAUGAAGUGAGAGACAGGGCCACCUUCUACCUGAGCGUCUUGGAGCAGAAGCAAAAGGCCCUCAAUGCUGGUUACAUUCUGAAUGGCUUGACAGUGUCCAUCCCCGGUCUGGAGAGGGCGCUGCAUCAGUAUACUCUGGAUCCCUCUGAGAAACCCUUUGACAUGAAGUCUGUUCCCUUGGCAACUGCCCCUAUCAUUGACCAAAGAACAGCAGAAAAUGUUCCCGUAUCUACAGUCAAGCAGCCAGAUAAAGUGGCAGCAACACGACAAGAAAUCUUCCAAGAGCAACUGGCUGCUAUUCCCGAGUUCCGGGGUCUUGGCCCUCUGUUCAAGUCCUCUCCUGAGCCAGUGGCCCUUACAGAAUUGGAGACGGAGUACGUGAUCCACUGUACAAAGCACACCUUCAUCAACCACAUAGUCUUCCAGUUUGACUGCACAAAUACCUUGAAUGAUCAGAUCCUAGAAAAUGUCACUGUACAAAUGGAGCCAACGGAAGGAUAUGAAGUAAUUGGAUAUAUACCCGCCAAAAGCUUGCUAUACAACCAGCCUGGGACUUGCUAUACAUUAUGUGCAUUGCCUGAAGAGGACCCCACAGCAGUGGCCUGUACUUUCAGCUGUAUGAUGAAAUUCACAGUUAAGGACUGUGAUCCAAACACGGGAGAAGCCGAAGAAGAGGGCUACGAGGACGAAUAUGUGCUGGAAGACAUUGAGGUGACCAUAGCAGAUCACAUUCAAAGGGUUCUGAAGCCCAAUUUUGCAGCUGCCUGGGAAGAAGUGGGUGACGAGUUUGAAAAAGAAGAGACUUUCACAUUAUCCACUGUGAAAACACUAGAGGAGGCAGUCAGCAAUAUUGUGAAGUUUCUGGGGAUGCAGCCCUGCGAGAGAUCAGAUAAAGUGCCUGAAAACAAAAACUCACAUACCUUGUAUCUGGCAGGUGUGUUUCGGGGUGGCCACGACCUCUUGGUUCGCUCGCGCCUUGUCCUAACAGACGCUGUAACGAUGCAAGUCACGGCACGAAGUGGAGAAGAAAUCCCCGUAGAUGCCAUCAUGGCCUCUGUUGGCUAAACAAAUCCUGGGAUUUUGUAUUUAAGACUCUGAAGCUAAAGGAGGCUAUUGGAAAUCUCUUUCCACCAUUCUGGACCCUGAGAGAAGCAUUGGGAUGUGGGCAUCUGCUCUUUUUCUAAUUUGGAGAAAAAAUGUUUGGUGGCUUUAAAUAAACCACAAUAAUGUUUGUAAGACAUAAUAUCAGUUUUAUGAAAUACUGAAUAGGUCAUUUUUUCAGGAUCUUUAAGCUCCUUUAAAGAAUGUCGUAACAAAAUUGAAGUACUUCACAGCUUCAGGAUCAUAGCAUUGUUUUGUGGUAAUAGUAUGUGAUCAGUGAGAACCUUUACAAUUGGGGAAGUUUCUGUUUGUGUUUGAUUUUUUUAUCCCUUCAAAAUGGAUUACAAAAAUAAACAUGUUACCUCUA